GCGGAGGCCUCCUGACCCGGAGGGAGACGACGAAGCGGAAGCGCCGCUGCACGAGCAGCCGCGGCAGGAACCGGGCCGGGACGCGGCGCCCCCAACCCAACAUGCAAUAUGGCAGCAGCAAUGGAGACUGAACAGCCAGGCCUCGAAAUCUUUGAAACAGCGGAGCGCAAGGAGAAUGUGGUGCCAGGAGAGAAGGCAAAGCUGGAACCUUUCUACGUGGAGAGGUACUCCUGGAGCCACCUGAAGAAACUGCUGAUGGACACUAGGAAGUACCACGGUUGCCUGAUGGCCAAAGCGCCCCACGACUUCACAUUCGUGCAAAGAAAUGAUCCAGAAGGGCCCCACUCGGACCGGGUCUACUACCUUGCAAUGUCUGGCGAGAACAGGGAAAACACACUUUUCUAUUCCGAAAUCCCCAAAUCCAUAAACAAGGCUGCAGUUCUUAUGCUCUCCUGGAAGCCUCUCUUGGAUCUUUUUCAGGCCAGCCUAGAUUAUGGGAUGUACUCCCGCGAGGAGGAGUUGUUGCGGGAGAGAAAGCGCAUUGGGACGAUUGGGAUCUCCUCGUACGAUUAUCACCGGGAAAGUGGCACCUUCCUGUUCCAAGCUGGCAGUGGGAUUUACCACGUGAAAGAUGGCGGCCCCCACGGGUUCACGAAACAGCCUUUGCGGCCCAAUUUGGUGGAGACCAGUUGUCCGAACAUACGGAUGGAUCCCAAGCUGUGUCCGGCGGAUCCGAAGUGGAUUGCCUUUAUUCAUAGCAACGACAUCUGGAUCUCCAGUCUAGCAACCAAAGAAGAAAGGAGGUUGACCUUUGUACACAAAGAAUUUGCAAACAUUGAAGAGGAUCCCAAAUCCGCUGGGGUUGCUACAUUUGUGCUGCAGGAGGAGUUCGAUAGAUACUCUGGCUACUGGUGGUGUCCAGAUGCAGAGCCAACUGUUGGUGGAGGCAAAGUCCUUAGAAUUCUGUACGAAGAGAAUGACGAGUCGGAGGUGGAGAUCAUUCACGUCACGUCCCCCAUGUUGGAGACGAGGAGGACGGAUUCCUUUCGGUACCCCAAAACAGGCACCGCGAACCCGAAAGUAACUUUCAAGUUGUCUGAAAUAAUGAUUGACGCUGAAGGCAGAAUUUUAGACGUUGUCGAUAAAGAACUUGUCCAACCCUUCGAAAUCCUGUUCGAAGGUGUGGAGUAUAUUGCCAGAGCAGGAUGGACCCGGGAGGGGAAAUAUGCUUGGGCCAUCUUGCUGGAUCGUGCCCAAACACGGCUGCAGAUUGUGCUACUACCCCCUGCUUUAUUUAUACCUGUGGAAGACGACGCCAUGGAAAGGCAGAAACUAAUAGAUGCGGUGCCCGAUUCCGUUACGCCACUGAUUGUUUAUGAAGAAACAACAGACGUCUGGAUAAACAUCCAUGAUAUCUUCCAUGUUUUCCCCCAAACUUGUGAGGAUGCGAUAGAGUUCAUCUUUGCCUCUGAGUGCAAAACGGGAUUCCGGCAUCUGUACAGAAUCACAACUGUUUUAAAGGAGAGCAGAUACAAGCGAUCAUAUGGUGGACUCCCUGCUCCAAGCGAUUUCUUGUGCCCCAUCAAAGAGGAACUGCCGAUUACUGGCGGGGAAUGGGAAGUCCUUGGCCGACAUGGUUCUAAUAUCCGGGUGGAUGAAGCUAAAAAACUGGUAUAUUUUGAAGGUACAAAGGAUUCUCCCUUGGAACAUCACUUGUACGUUGUUAACUACGAGAACCCUGGAGAGGUGAAGCGGUUGACGGAACGUGGUUUCUCGCACGCCUGCUGUGUUAGUCAGAACUGCGACAUGGUCAUUUGUAAAUUCAGCAACCAGAAGAACCCACACCAGGUAUCCCUCUACAAACUCACUGGCCUUGAAGACGACGUUGCCCACAUGGCCAAGGAAUUCUGUGCCACCAUUUUAGAUACUGCAGGACCCCUCCCAGAUUAUGUGCCCCCCGAGAUCUUCUCUUUUGAGAGUUCCUCAGGAUUUGUGCUUUAUGGGAUGAUUUAUAAGCCCCACAAUCUACAACCCGGGAAGAAAUACCCAACGGUGCUUUUCAUAUAUGGAGGCCCCCAGGUGCAGCUGGUGAACAACCGAUUUAAAGGGGUCAAGUAUUUCCGCCUGAACACGCUGGCUUCCCUGGGUUACGUUGUCGUGGUGAUUGACAACAGGGGCUCCUGCCAUCGUGGGCUGAAGUUCGAAGGUGCCUUUAAAUAUAAGAUGGGACAAAUUGAAGUAACUGACCAAGUGGAAGGUUUGCAGUACUUGGCUUCCCAGUAUGAAUUCAUUGAUUUAGACCGGGUUGGAAUUCACGGCUGGUCCUACGGAGGGUAUCUUUCCCUUAUGGCGUUGCUGCAGAGGCCGGAAAUCUUCAAGGUUGCCGUUGCUGGAGCGCCGGUCACACUCUGGCUGUUCUACGACACUGGAUAUACCGAACGCUACAUGGGACACCCGGACAACAAUGAACAGGGUUAUUACCUCGGCUCUGUGGCUAUGCAAGCCGAUAAGUUUCCUUCCGAGCCGAACCGGUUGUUGUUGCUGCAUGGAUUCCUGGACGAAAACGUUCACUUUGCACACACCAGCAUCUUGCUGAGUUUUCUAGUCAGGGCUGGGAAGCCCUACGAUUUACAGAUCUAUCCACAGGAAAGGCACAGCAUCAGAGUCCCCGAGUCUGGAGAACAUUACGAGCUCCAUCUCUUGUAUUACCUUCAGGAAAACCUGGGAUCCCACAUGGCUGUUUUGAAGGCAGCGCAGUGAAGCCCUCGAAGGACGUCUCGGCCCAGACAUAUGCAGCCGCUUAACCGAACGCAGAAUCAUGGAACGGAAUGUCACAUGCUGGCGCCUGCCUCCUACCCAGAUAGAGAUACACACACACACACACACACACACACACACACACAGAGAGAGAGAGAGAGAGAGAGAGCCUUGCUUUAUUAUCAUUCUUCUUAUUUUUUAAAAGUCAACCUGGUGCCAUACAAGGAGACUGUUGUACAGCAAAUGAAUAAUUUUAAAUGUAAAUAAUAAAGUAAAUGUCUGUGCUC